CUCUCAUCGGCGCAUCGCUGCCCUGCACCUUUGUCCCGGUGCCACAUCCUGCCUGCCUGCUUCUGCCGUCGCCCGCAAGGAUUUGACGUUACGAUGAUCGCCGCCGCGCUCGCCUCCUCCUCCUCCACGAGCCUCCUCACCACGCCGCUGCCGAGCUCUGCUCCGGCAAAGCCAACCGCCACCGCCGCCGCCGAGUCGUCCUCCGCCGCCACCGCCGCCAAGACGGUGCACCUCAAGAUCUCCGGCAAGUGGUACGACGCCACCGAGUGGGCGGACCGGCACCCGGGAGGCCGCUACGUGCUGGAGUGGGCCGACGGCUUCGAUGUGACAAACGCCUUUCACACGAUCCACCUCUUCUCCUCGCGCAAGGCCUCGGACAUCCUCGCCCGCCUGCCCGAGGCGGACCUCACCCUCCGCGCGGCCCGCGAGCCGGUGCUGCCGCCCAUCGAGCGGGUGCCGAUGGCGUCCCAGCGGCCGACCGGCAUGGACAGGUUCAUGGGCGCGGGCGAGCGAGUGGUGGAGCUCCUGUCUCCGCCCGCGGAUGCGACGCCGGAGCCGGUGCCGGUCGCUCCCGCCUCUGGGCUGGCGUGGCAGCAGCGGCAGGAGGGCGCCGUGGGCGCUGUGGGCGAGACGCCGCUCAAGCGCGACCUCGAGGCGCUGCUCCGCCGCCACUUUCGCUCCUCGGCAGAGUACAAGGCGACGCCCGAGCACUGGGCGCGGAUCGCGGCCGCCUUUGCCGUCUGGGCGGGCUGCCUUGCCGGGUGGGUGGCGGGGUCGCUGCCCGCGACGCUGGCGCUCCCGUUUGCGCAGUGGCUGCUCUUCUCGCCCACCGUGCACGAGGCGUCCCACUCGACGCUGAGCACGGCGCCGUGGGUCAACAAGGCGGCCGCCUUUUGCGGGCUGCCCUUUGUGUACAACCCGUACAUCUGGUGGCCGCAGCACCUCCUCUCGCACCACCAGUACACGAACGACGACGCGCUCGACGUCGACCUGCACCACCUCCGCCCGGCGCGGCUCCACCCGGGCUGCGAGGUGGACGAGGGGUACGGCGGCGCAAACUUCAUCUUCAAGGGCUACUUCUCGACGAUGGGCAUGUCGGUGCUGUGGCCGGUGCGCGUGCUGCAGCAAAAGUCGACGGGACGCUGGUACCGCAACCUCGUCACGCCAAAGCCCGACGCGGUGAGCGACGCGGAGCUGGCGCUCUCGCUGCUGCCGGUGGGCUUCGUGCUGCUCUGGCCGUGGCUGCGGAUGCUCGCCGGCGAGAUCAACGCCCUCGAGGCCUUUUUCGAUUGGUACUACCCCUGGGCGGUGACGGGCGCCAUCUGGACGGUGAUGACGCAGGUGUCGCACGUGCAGGAGGACUGCCAGCGGCCGCCGAGUGGCGACGAGCAGGACGACUACUUUCGGUGGCAAAUCGAGUCGGCGCUCGACUACUCGGUCGGCAGCGAGCUGGUGCCGAAGCUGACGGCCUCGCUCUCGCUGCAGUCGAUGCACCACGUGAUGCCCUCGGUGUGCGGCUGCCACUUCUCCGCUCUCUACCCCGAGUACCGGGCCAUCUGCGAGGCGCACGGCGUCCGGCUCAACACGCGCAAGGACGUGUCCGCCGCCUGGCGCUCCUGCAUCGCGCGCGUCUUUGAGCUCUCCUCGCCGGAGCGGACGCCGGCGUGGGCUCUGCGCGAGCCCGCGGCCCAGAGCGGCCCGCUCGCGGCGGUCGAGGAGCACCUGCCGCUCAUCGCCUGCCUGGCGACGCCGGGAGUCGUCAUGCUCGCUUGCACUCCGCUGUUUUGAGAUGGAGUGUGGGUUUGAGCACCGUGUUCUCUGCUGCGGCUGCACGAGGGGGCUGGCCCCAGGCUGGUCUGCGCGUGGAGGUUGCGUGUGUGCGCGCGCGCUCAGAGGUACGAUCCCGUUGUUGUGUUAGUCGAGUAGCGAGAGUCUGUUGUCUUUGAGUGCUGAGAGUGUGUUUUCUGUCUACUCUUUUUGCGCGCGUGUAGCUCGACUUGUACACAUCAUGUACCGCACA